AGUUGAUCGAAAUUUCAAGCAAUAUAUAAACUAGCACUUCUCCUAAACAUGUUUAUUUUGAUAAAUGUUGGUUCAUCACCAUGACUCAUCUCUCAUUAGUUCUUCUCUCCACUCCCACUUCAACUCUACCACUCAAAUAUAGAACUAAUUCCCAUCCUUUACAACAAAAUCUUCUUUUUACACCUCCACAACCACAAUUCAACACCACCCACUUCAAAUCACCACCAUCCAUAUCUAAUUCUAAAAAAUGGAGAAACAAAGUUUCAUUCUUCCAAGAUUUUCUCACUGGAGGAAACAAAGAAAGGGAUAUUCAAAGCCUCAAAGAUGAACUCUAUGAAACAAUUGCACCACUUGAACGUGGCGCUGAGGCUACUUCUGAAGACCAACAACGUGUGGACAAGAUUGCUAGUAAACUUGAAGCUGUGAAUUCUGUUAAGGAGCCUCUUAACUCUGACUUGCUCAAUGGAAAAUGGGAGCUUUUGUAUACAACAUCUCAGUCUAUUUUGCAAACAAAGAGACCGAAAUUCUUGCGACCAAAUGGAAAGAUCUAUCAGGCAAUCAAUGCAGAUACAUUAAGAGCUCAAAAUAUAGAAACUUGGCCGUUCUUCAACCAGGCUACUGCCAAUUUAGUGCCACUUAACUCAAGAAAAGUGGCUGUCAAGUUUGACUUCUUCAAGAUUGCUAAUUUGAUACCUAUAAAAUCACCUGGGAGUGGUCGCGGCGAAUUGGAAAUUACUUAUUUGGAUCAAGAUUUAAGAAUAUCAAGAGGUAAUAGAGGCAACCUGUUUAUAUUGAAAAUGGUAGAUCCAUCUUAUAGAGUCCCUGUUUGAAGUGAAUUCUUCAAAAUCAAUCAAUGCUACAAAAUUGAAAUCAAGAAAUGACUCACAAUUUAUGUACAACGGUCAAGCUUUUUUCUCAUUAUAUUAUGUUGGGAAAUCAUGUGAAUGUUUGUUUCAACUGUUUGGUCGUAUGCACCCAAUAUUAAGAUAUUGUUUUCUUAAUACACGUCAAUAUGUAUUCUUUUGAAAAUCAAACAAGUCUCUAUUAAGAUAUUCAAAUUUAA